AUGUCCACGGGAGAUCUGGAAACCUCAGCUGCACAGCCCAUCUCCAUGUCUCCAGAGAGCAUCCUAGGCCUCCGGCCAAAGGAGCUGGCUUACACCAGCCGCCGCUUCCUCUACAUAGUCAACCUGGAUGCACCAAAUGAGGGUCAUCGAAAGAUCUCCCGACAGAGCAAGUGGGACAUCGGGGCAGUGCAGUGGAACCCACACGACAGUUACGCAUACUACUUUGCAGCUUCGAGCAAUCAGCGAGUUGACCUGUAUAAGUGGAAGGAAGGUAAUGGUGAAGUUUGCACGUCGCUGCAAGGACACACACGUGUGAUCAGCGACUUGGACUGGGCGGUGUUUGAGCCAGACCUGCUGGUCACCAGUUCUGUUGACACAUACAUCUACAUCUGGGACAUCAAAGACACCAGGAAGCCUACAGUCUCCCUCUCUGCGGUCGCUGGAGCUUCCCAGGUGAAAUGGAACAAGAAAAAUGCCAACUGUUUAGCAACAAGCCAUGAUGGGGAUGUCCGAAUAUGGGACAAAAGGAAACCCAGCACUGCAGUAGAGUACUUGGCAGCUCAUCUCUCUAAAAUCCACGGUCUGGAUUGGCAUCCUGACAAUGAGUAUACGUUGGCCACUUCCAGCCAGGACAACUCUGUCAGGUUCUGGGAUUACCGUCAGCCUCGGAAAUACCUCAAUAUCCUUCCCUGCCAGGUUCCCGUCUGGAAGGCAAGAUACACGCCUUUCAGCAAUGGGCUGGUGACAGUGAUGGUCCCCCAGCUCCGGCGAGAGAACAGUCUCCUUCUCUGGAAUGUCUUUGACUUGAACACGCCUGUCCACACGUUCGUGGGACAUGAUGAUGUGGUGCUGGAGUUUCAGUGGAGGAAGCAGAAAGAAGGUUCUAAAGACUACCAGCUGGUUACAUGGUCCCGUGAUCAGACUCUGCGGAUGUGGCGGAUUGACUCUCAGCUGCAGAGGCUGUGUGCUAACGAUAUCCUGGAUGGAGUCGAGGACCUCAUCGAUGGGAUUUCUCAUCUGCCAGAGCCAGACAAGACCCUUCACCCCCAGGACUCUGAGCCCCAGCAUAACUCUGGGCAUGGGGAUGAGGAAGAUCCCUUUGUGAAGUAUGCCUGA